GAGAAGAUCAUCGGUUUAUAAAUCCAGGGGAAAGAGCAUCCAUAUAGAGCAAUGUAUUCUAGCUUGAUUGAUGGCAUAAUAUUGGAUCCCGCUUUGAUGGUUAUUCCUCUCGAUGACCACAUGGUUCACAGAGGCCACGGUGUGUUUGAUACUGCUAUGCUCGUAAAUGGAUGCAUAUAUGACUUAGACUCUCAUCUAGAUCGAUUCAUAAAGUCUGCAUCAAAAGCAAAGAUACCAUCUCCCUUCUCUCACAGAAGUCUCAAGAAAAUCAUUCUUCAGCUUGCAGCAUCAUCUAAACUAAGAGAAGGAUCCAUAAGAUACUGGCUGAGCGCAGGACAAGGAUCUUUCACCGUCUCAUUCCCAACCCCUCCCCAAUCUGCAUUCUAUGCGAUAAUCAUCGAUAAAAAAUACAACCGGAAAUUAAAAGGAGCCAAAGUUGUAACAUCCAGCAUUCCAAUGAAACCUCCCAUGUUUGCUACAAUGAAGAGCGUGAAUUAUCUCCCCAACGUUCUCUCGCAGCUCGAAGCGGAAGAGAAGGGUGCUUAUGCUUCUGUUUGGGUUGAUGAAGAUGGGUUCAUUGCAGAGGGAACUUGUGCAAAUAUUGCAAUUGUGAGCAAGUGUAAAGAGCUUUUGCUUCCGUUGUCGGAGAAAAUAUUUGGCGGGUGCACGUCCAAGAGGCUUUCUGUGCUUGCACUGAAGUUGGUAGAGAAGGGAGUUUUGAAGAGUGUGAAUGUGAGGAGAGUGGCUGAGGCUGAGGCAAGGGACUCGGCAGAGAUGAUGCUUGUCAGCAGCUUGACUCAUGUAAUGCCUGUCGUGGAGUGGGAUGAUCAGCCCAUUGGAGAUGGAAGAGUGGGAGAACUGACAGUCGCCAUCGCUAAUCUAUUUUGGGAGGAUGUUACGGAAGGGCCUGAAAUGCUCCGGACACCUGUUCCUUACAAAGAGUUGCAGAUAUUAUAAACAUAAAUAGGCCACUAAAUGCCUUACAAAUUUUUAUUCACAUUUUUUACUUAUAUUUUAUUUUUUUGACACGAAUAAACGAUGCAAGAGCAAGGUAUAUUGUAUGGAUUGAGAGUCCGGGACAUCCUAAAGACAAGUUCUUCGGA